UUUGUCACUUAUUUCUAAAAAACAAUAACGAAAUAACGAUCACGACUACUGUUUUUUAGACAUGAAAUAAAUUUACUAAUGAUUAUUGCAAGUGGACCAUUUUAGAUAGUACAAAUCUACUCUAACGAUAAGUAAAACAAACAUGUAGGUAAUAAGUACGUAAUCAUAAUAAAAGCCGUGUAAAUUUUACUGCGGCUUUUAUUAUCACGAUUCCAUUGCUGAUUAGGUAUUUCUUUCUUGUUUUGCUUAUCUACGAAUAAUUGAAGAUUGGUGGUACGUACCUAUACAAGCAUGGACACAUAACUUUUCAGGUAGAUACAUAAUACAUAAAUAUAUGUAUGUUCAUAUUUGAAAUCGCAAUUCUGAUUAUCGACUUAAAUAUUUAAAGAAGCAAGUAAAAUUGUUAAAAAUUAUACCGGAUCGUUGUUGUUAGCAUCAAAAAUUACAAAAACGAGCUAGAAUUGUUGGACCGUUAACAAGGACAUCUUUGAUCUUCACGCAAGGAAAAACAGGCAGCCUUCGCUUCGUCGCUGUCCUGUUUAAAACAGAUUCAUUUUUAUUCAAAAACAUCGUCUUAUUGUUCCUUCUUAACACACCUCUCUUUAUAAACAAUACAAAAAUACAUAAAGCAAAAGUUGGCUCUAAUUUUAUCCCACUAUUCGCAUCUUUUAUAUUUCGUUUGGCAUCAGGUAUAAAAGCUGCGCCCAAUUCGGUUUCUUAGUUUUUAUAGAUAGAAGACAUGCAAGAGGAUUUUUAAUAACUUGUUUGUGUAAAAUAGUUAUGUAUGUGAAUUUUUUAUACUAGUGAAUUGUUUAUAAAUAUAUAUACUUAUAAUUGUGCACCGUUUGAUACGUCGGAUACGAUAAAAAUGGGAAAGAUUUCGUCAAUAUUUGUCAUUGUAUUUUUAACAAUAAUCGCUGUAAAAUAUGCACUGGCUGUCGACGAUUAUAAUGUUUUAUACAGAGAUAGUUCCUUUGAGUUUGGAUACGAUACACCAGAUUCUUAUCAUCACGGCAGAGGAAACAGAAAUAAUGUAGUUCAUGGUGAAUUUGGAGGUCGAAGUCCUUCUACAGGACAUUUAGAUUCUACACAGUAUACAGCUGGACCAAGAGGCUACAGACCUCGAGGAAAAAAUGUCGUAAGAAAGUACGAUUUAAGUCAAAAUGGCCCAAGAUCAAGUGGCAGUAAGGACGACCCAUAUUUCGAUGACAGUGAAGAUCCAAGUUACAAUUUUGGUUUUAAAACAAGGACUUACCAAAGACAAGAAGUAUCGAAUAACGUUGGGGAUGUGACGGGGAAGUUUUCUUAUAUCGAUGACGUUGGUGAUCACCAUAAUGUCGACUUUGUAGCCGGUAAAAAUACCGGUUUUCAUGUAAAAACUCCAUUCCCUGAUUCGAACCCCAAAGCUUACGGGCCGUUGUUCUUUAAAGGAAGAGGAAAGCCCAUUCCGAGGGGUAGAACAUCGAUUCAAAGACAAUUGGACGGAAGUUACAGGUUUGUUUCGGCCGGUCCAGAUCAAAGAAGAACCGAAACGAGUGACUCAUCCGGCCACGUUAGAGGUUCUUACACUUAUUUGGACGACAAAGGCGUUCAACACACGGUACAUUACAUAGCUGGUCCCGAGACAGGAUACAGAGUUCUUAAAACGGUUAAAGGACCCCAUUUACCGAACAUAUUUCCCUUUGGAAGCCCCGAAUACGUUCCACCAAAUUUGUAUAACGAUUAUUCAGAAGAAGUUUUCACCGCUUCUGAAAGCGGAAGGGUCAAACCGAAAGGAAACUUCGAAGGAAUAAGCUCAACAAAGGACGAAAGCGGUUUUUCAAAUCGGUUUGAUAAUAAUUCAGGACAGAACACCUUUAAUUCUGACUCGACAUCAGGCAAUGACGACUUCGGGGACAUAUUCGGAAAAGACGAUAAAUCAAAGAAUAAACACUUGAGUAGACCGUUUACGUCUUCUUCUCAAUCGUACAAAAAUAAUAAUGACGGUGAUUAUGAAGAAGAAGAAGAAGACAAUGGUUCGUACAAUAAACCGUCUGGAGACGAAGGCCCUAACAAAGAAGACGACGAUCAAGAAAAUUGCUGUAACACUGGAAACUCUGGAAUCAACGUUCAAAUUAGCGGAACCAGAGAAGGUGCUAUCGUUACGAACUCUGGUAAGAAAGUUUUAUCUGUUCCUCCAGGAGUUUCUGUAAGGGCCCACGUGCAGGCCAUUGAUUUGAUCCCUUUGAAACCAAAAGUACGCUCCCCCGGUGACGAACUGAAGGAAGAAGUCGACGGAAAAUCGGACCAAUUUGGAGCAGAAUGAAAUAUAAGCAGAUGAGAAAGCUUCACGAGGAGUUUUUACCUACUGCUAUUGAAGAGAAUAUGUAUAACAGACAAUGCCGUCAGUCGAUCGAAGCAGUAAAUUAAUUUUACGAUUAAGUUAUUUUAUUUAUUUUCAACUAUGUACGUACGUAGUUCUGUGGUA